AUGAAAGGUCGGAUUCACUAUAAGACGACUUAUGCGUGCGAAGGGAAUCCAUUGCAUCUGACCUGCGAAGAGGGCAGUGCUAUACAUCUGGUUCGCGCCAAUUAUGGCCGAUUCAGUAUCAGUAUCUGCAACGAUGGCGGACGACUCGAUCUCAAUGUCAUCUGCAUGUCCUACCGUUCAUUCCUCAUCAUGUCUGACAGAUGUAGUCAACAGUCCAACUGUAGUGUAAUAGUAUCGAGUAAGAUGUUUGGCGACCCCUGUCCCGGUACACUCAAGUACCUCGAAGUCCAGUAUCAUUGUGUUCACGGGGGAGACUCAGCCCUCACCACCACUAGGAGACCACCCGUCGUGAAUAUGCCGUUCCCCUCAUCCAGCAAUGCAUCGCUUGUGUUGCCUCCGGUGUUGGCCACCACUGCAUCCUCUGAUGACGAUCUCAUUUCAAUUAUGAACACAGAGUCUGAAAGUAUCCCA